UGCUGGCAUCCCUUAUUUUUUAGCGUACGUGCGCACUGGCCACCACUCCCACCCUCUCCAUCCACAGCUCAUAUUUCUCUCUCCUCACCCACGCUUUCUUUCCUUUUUUUUUUUUUAAAAAAAAAAAAUAACAUUUUAUAUUUCCUUAAUUAUUAUUCGUCCUCUUUGUAAUCCAAUCUCCACUUAAUUACAGCCUGUUUUCUUCCAUCAUCAUAAUAAUAAUAAUCCUUUCUUUCUUCCUACCUCUCUAUCCAUCCCCACUACAAAUAUAAACCUCCUUUUUCAUCUUCCUCUUCUCUCUUCACACCUAAUGCAAUUCGACAGAAAAUUUGGGAAGAAAAAGAAAAUGGAUCCUUGCCAGUUCCUUCGAAUAGUCAUCGGGAACUUAGCGAUCAAGUCAUCGUCGGGUAUUCAACCCGACUCCGACGAGUCCUCCUCCUGUUAUUGUAAGAUAAAGCUCAAGGGUUUCCCCGAGCAGGCCGCCACGGUCCCUUUGAUUCCUCGGGAUGCUAUUCAUCCCGAGGGACAACUCCAGACCGUGUCGGCCUGCUUCAAUCUGACUAAAUCAGAUUUGGAAACCCUCGCUAAGUCGAGUUCGACUUCUACGACCUCGACUUCGAGGAAAAGUGGCAGUAGCAGCAGCAGCAGUAGUAGCAGACUUACUCUUAAGAUGAAAGUGUAUACUACCAACUCAUCGGCUAAUGGGUGCGGGUUUGGAUCAUCCGGAAAAUUACUCGGGUCUGCUUCGAUACCGUUGGAGUUAAGUCAACAUAUCAUGGAAGGAAAAACGAGUACAAUGAUGCAAAACGGGUGGGUUUUAAUAGGGGAGAAAAAGAAGAAGGGUUUGAACCCGCAACUUUAUUUGAGUGUUAAAGCUCAACCCGACCCGAGAUUUGUAUUCGAAUUCGAUAGCGAACCCGGUUGUAGUCCACAAGUAUUUCAAGUCCAAGGGAAUAUUAGACAGCCUGUUUUUACUUGCAAGUUCAGUUUUAGGCAUGGUGAUCAUAAUAUGAGAUCAAGCUCAGCAAUAUCAGAACCAAGCACGUCAAGAAGUUGGCUAAGCACACUCAAAGCUGACAGGGAUCAUCAGCACCAAAACCAUGUGAAAGAGCGCAAAGGAUGGUCCAUAACAGUACAUGAUCUUUCAGGGUCCCCAGUUGCAGCAGCCUCGAUGGUAACCCCUUUCGUCCCAUCACACGGGUCGGACAAGGUUAGCAAGUCUAAUCCGGGCGCAUGGCUCAUCCUGCGCCCGGGGGACCAAACAUGGAAGCCCUGGGGCCGACUCGAGGCCUGGCGAGAACGCACAGGCCUCGGGUCGGAAGGGCUCGGGCAUCGUUUUGAGCUCCUCCCCGAUGCCAUGGGACCCGCCGGGGUCACCAUGGCCCAAUCAUCAAUCCCGGUCCGGCCCGGGGGUAAGUUCAACAUCGAUGUAACCACCGGACCGUCCCUCGCUAGCAGCCCAAACAGCAGCAUCGACUUCGGAUCAUGGACCGGGUCGGGCUCAGCAUCGUCAUCCGGGUCAGAAAUACCCGGGUCGGGCUGGUGGCCCGGGCUAAUGUACAAGGGGUUUGUGAUGUCAUCAACAGUAAGAGGGGAAGGAAAAGGGAAUAAGCCAGUAGUGGAAGUUGGGGCCCAGCAUGUGACAUGCAGGGAGGAUGCAGCCGCAUUUGUGGCCUUAGCCGCUGCAAUGGAUCUAAGCAUGGACGCAUGUAGGCCCUUCUCUCAGAAGCUAAGGAAAGAGCUAAGGCAACAACAGAGUGGAGAUUUUGUCAUUUGAUUCAAUUAGCUUUGUCGUUUUCAUUGCAAAUGAGAUGGUUUGAUUUUUUUAUUGGUAACGGCUUUUUUUAUUUUUCUUUUGGAUGUACAGUGGAAGUGUUACCCAAUUUUUUUAGCAUCUUAUUUGAUGAGUGCAAAAUUGCAAAAAAUUAAAAGUAGGAAAUUUUUUUGGUCCAUU